UUUGGCAACACAGUGCGUCGAUGAUAUGCGCGAUUUGAGAAACGAGAUCACUCAUCCACACGACAAACCGGCAAUAUCCAAAUAGAUUUAUUUACAACGCCAUAGAAGAAAACCUUUUGUAACCAAAGUCAUUUCUUCUUGGUUUUAUAGCGACUAUUUUUUAUUUACCAUGGAACGAUUGAUAAGACAUUUAUUUACAUGUCGUUUACCUCAGAAAGGCGACAGAGUAUAUAAGGACGAAUGUGUUUAUUCUUUCGACACUCCAGAUACCUGUACUGGCCUUUACGUCAGUUUAUCCACAUUUUUGGGAUUAGGCCAGGAUCACGUACAACGUUAUUAUCAAUUAACCAAGAAUCCUGUAUUUCUACACAUUAAACGAAAAAGGGAAGAGAUACCAUCUGAACAUCAAGGAGAUGGGCCCGAUAAAAAAAUUACAAGACUAGCUAUAGGAACACCCGAUGGAUUUAUACCAGAUCAACAAAAAUAUAUUUAUCACGAAUCUUACCAAAUUGUUAUUCUACCAGAUUUCGAAACAAUACCUUUUCCGACAAACGAUUUACCAAAAAUAGUGGAAUUUAUUAUUGAAUGUGUAUUAGAGGCAGAAUCUGCGACAAAAGUAGCACAAGUAGAAGAACUGCUUGGAUCCUGGGAUGGAGAAAGAAAACAGGUUUCAAAACAUGCAGCAAAUCUUAAACAAUUAGACAAUGGAAAGAAAAUACCUCCAAGUGGAUGGAAAUGUGAAAAGUGUGAUCUUACUCAAAAUCUGUGGCUUAAUUUAACCGAUGGUAGUAUUCUUUGCGGGCGUAAAUUUUACGACGGAACAGGAGGAAACGAUCAUGCGGUUGAACAUUAUCGAGCCACCGGUUAUCCAUUAGCUGUAAAAUUAGGAACUUUGACUAAAGAAGGAAAAGGAGAUGUGUUUUCGUACGUGGAAGAUGAUAUGGUCGAAAAUCCAAAUUUAAUAUCACAUAUAGCCCAUUGGGGUAUAAAUAUUGCUCAAAUGGAGAAAACUGAUAAAUCUAUGGUAGAACUAGAAUUGGAUCUCAAUCACAGAUUUAGCGAAUGGGUUGCGCUUCAGGAAGCAGCGAGUAAAUUAACACCUCUAUAUGGACCUGGAUAUACGGGACUUGCAAACUUGGGAAACUCUUGUUAUUUAAAUAGUACCAUGCAAAUGUUAUUUGUGAUUCCAGACUUUGUUAAAAGGUUUGUAGAUUCUGCGCCACAGAUAUUUCAUGAAAGUUAUACCGAUCCAGCAAAUGAUUUUAAUGUUCAGAUGGCCAAACUUGGAAUUGGUUUGCUGUCUGGUAAAUAUUCAGAACCACCAAAAACAAAUAAUGAGGAGGAAUUGCGCCAAGGUAUUUCUCCGUGGAUGUUCAAGUCCUUGAUUGGUCGUGGACAUCCCGGAUUUUCUUCAAAUCGGCAACAAGAUGCGCAAGAAUUUUUCCUUCACCUAAUAAAUGUUAUUCAUCGUCAUUGUCGUCACAAAAUGAAUCCUACCGAUUGUUUUAAAUUCAAAGUUGAGGAAAGGUAUCAGUGCGGUCGUUCUAAAAAAGUAAAGUACAAUUAUCGUCCAGAAUACCUUUUACCGCUUCCAAUACCUUUAGAAACUGCAAUAAAUAAGGAAGAAGUUGCAGCUUAUGAAGCUUUAAAGAAGGAAACUGAAGCGAAAGGUCAGACAUUAGACUCGAAUACAUUGGUUAGGCCUCGUAUAAAGCUUUCGUCUUGCCUGCAAACGUUUAUUCGGUCUGAAACAGUGGAACAAUUUUAUAGUUCAGCAUUGAAUGAAAAAACAACAGCACAAAAAACAACUAGACUUGCCAGUUUUCCAGAUUAUUUAUUAAUACAUUUAAAAAAAUUCACGGUAAGAGAAGAUUGGACGCCCGUUAAGUUAGACGUGGCAGUCGAAAUGCCCGAUAUGUUGGAUUUAAGUUCUCUACGGGGUAAUGGCCUGCAACCCACAGAAGAAUUAUUACCAGAAACAGCUGGUUCUGAACCUCCGCCAAUUGUUUACAAUUCCGCGUUAUUGAAUAAGUUAAUAGGUAUAGGAUUUCCACCGGAAGCUUGCAAAAAAGCUCUAUACUUCACCGAAAAUUGUGGUUUUCAAGCGGCCGCUGACUGGUUAAUAGAUCACAUUGGUGAUUCAGAUCUUGCGGACCCCUUUGUACCUCCUGGUAUUGAUGCGAAACCAGAAAAAGAUAAAUUUGUGGCAAACGAAGAUGCCGUGGCAAUGGUAAUGGGAAUGGAUUUUACGAGAGAACAAGCAGUAAAAGCUCUUAAAGCUACCGAUAACAAUGUAGAGCGUGCUGCGGACUGGAUUUUUAGUCAUCAAGCUGAAUUAGAUGGUUUAGAAAUUGAGGAUGAGUCAGGACAUUCCGAGGAAAUAUUUAGAGAUGGAAGUCAUCAAUAUAAGUUGGUGGGCUUUAUAUCGCACAUGGGAACAUCGACGAUGGUAGGACAUUACGUGUGUCAUCUUUUAAAAGAUGAUCGAUGGGUGAUAUACAAUGACGACAAAGUUGCAUUAUCUGAAAAUCCACCCAAAGAAUUAGGGUACAUAUAUCUAUAUCAACGCCUCGAUUAGAUUAUACAAUUGUUUUGUAUAAAAUAUGUAUUCUAUUACACUUUAAAAAUAAAAAAUAUAACAGGCAGGAGAAUUUCAUUUUACAACUAAUGGUAAAAUGUACGAAUAGCCUGUUUUUUUUUUCUUCUAAAACGUAAGUGCACAUAAAUAUUUA